AUGAUAGGCAGUCUCACCGGGGCAUGCGACUACCUCACGAGCGAGUUACACAAGCAUCAUCCGAAGUUGAACAAAGCCGUGUUUGAUCUUAUCUUUUGGUCGAUUCAUGAAGAGCUCCGUCAGGACAUCAAUAUUGAAGGGUCUGCUGGAGAAGCCUUUGAAUUCUUGGCCAAUCAAUUCCAAUCAAAUCCUUCAGUUCAAUGUAUCAUGAGUCGAGCCGGUCUGCCGGAAGAAAUUUUGGAGAACAUUGUGAAUAUGGUUUAUCAGCAGUCUUCUAAAGAAAAAAACACUAUCAAAGCAAGAAAAUUAGAGCGUCGAUCACACGCCCCUCAUGAAUGUGGUAGACAUAAAGCACACCAUGAACUGCCGAUUCUUGAUACCUUUCAAAACCUAGCCGUUGUGAAUCGAAAGUUUCACAAGCUUUGUCUUCCGAAACUGUGGCAGCACAUCCGAUUUCCGAGCGCCCUUCCUGCUCCUAUGUCAAUUUGGACAGAGGGCAUCCUCUUGAGGCACGGGCAUCUAGUGGAAUCUUGUGAAUUCAGAUUGGAAGAUAGGUCUUUCAAUGAAGAUGAAUCAGCCUUUGAGAGAAGUAUUGACGAUAACAAAGCGAUAUGCACCCACGGCGAAGACGACGACGAAGAGGACGACGAAGAGGAAGGGGUGAGGAGAAUUGGGAUCGGAGCAAUAAACGUAGAAAAGAUCUUCAAAGCCUGUCCUUCCCUAAAGUCGGUAGAGAUUAAGAUUCCAACUGAAUUAGAUGAAUUAGAUUUUCUUAAUUGCCUCCUAGGCCGCUUGAAUGGUCUGUUUGGACUUGUCCCUAAACUUCAACAUUUAAUACUAAGGGACUUUCAAGAAGAGACUUAUCCAAGACCAUUUGUGUUUAAUGUUCUCAAAAAAUUACCUUCACUUGUAUCAUUGGAACUGAUUGGCUUCAAGUUUAAUUCAAGCGACCCGGAAUAUAAUUUGGGGUGGAACCUGGCCCAGCAUCAGAACCUUCGCAAAGUACAUCUUUAUCGUGUUACUUGCAAAUCCGAUGAUCGAACUUGGGGUAUGCAGCCUUGGCCUCAACAACUUACAACUCUUGAUAUUUGCUUUUGUGAAGGAUUGAAAGCUGGCAUGGUUCAGAAACUACUCAGCGGUUGCGCACCCUAUCUUACUAAACUUAAGAUCUCGCUUUCGGAUUUCAAUGACGAUUCAGAAGUCGAGGGUCAGACUAAGCUCCCAGCUCUCGAACAGCUCAUCCUAGGAAAUCACAAAAGAAGCUUCGAUUUACUUGUAAGCUGUAAAGGCUGUCAAAAUAUACGACUAAUCAAAUCUCAUCUUCCUCUCACCAAUAAUCAAUGGAGUUUGGUGAAGCAUCUUUUGUCUACAUGCACAUGGCCUAAGCUUUCAGUUUUACGUCUUUGUAAUGAUGAUCCGAGGAACAAAAAUCAAGAUAUGAAGAAACUAACUAAGACGGAUGUGAAUGAAAUUUGGGCUACUUUCAAAAUCAAACUCUUUAUCGAUCCAAACCCAUAUGGAUUAUGGCUGCUUGAGCAGUAA